GUCCGCGUACAUUGAUGUCCAGGCACAAGACCUUUAUACGACAGUGCUCACAUCACUUUUACGACGAGCUAUUAGGACCGAAUGCCGUGCCAGUAUCAACCAUAUCACCUGUAACUAUAAUAGAUCCCAAGCGUGGCAGAGACCAAGGGAAAUCCCGAUACUUUCUAGAUAGCGUCUAUGAAAUUCAUGCCGCAAGUGUGAUAAGCCUCUCCUACCCAACUAUCCUCUCCUUCCUCACCGAUUGGUGGAUUAUCGUCAACAAGUAUCUCAGUCGAAACUUCUCCUUCGAAAAGGACCGCAUCGUAGCAUCUGCAGGCAUAGCUCGUGCAUUUUCUUAUCUAGGCCGCCUGACAUACCUCGCUGGACUAUGGAACGAGAUCCUUCCCGCUGCGCUCCUUUGGUAUGUAGACAAGAAACCCUCCUGGCUCAUCCGCAUCGAGAACCUGAUUCCCAACGGCAAUCCAGUGCCAUAUUCCAUAUGGACCCCCGAGAUAAUAGCAGACAAAUCCGCAGAGUCCGCAGCAGAAGGUAAAACGGCGCCCUUGCCACCACCUAAUCCACCCAGCUGGUCCUGGUUCUCCAUCCCCAUGUACAAAUACUACCAGACGCCCUUCCUCCUAGCCGACAACUCGCUCUUCAUCCGGUCCAAAGCACUCAACUCACCACAUCUCGGAUUCCAGUUCCCCGGCCAUGCCGCACGCCACGCCCCCGACACCGCAGCCCACGAGUUCUCAGGCGCACAGAUAACACUCGAGACGAGCGUUUUACCCGUUAAAUCCAACUGGCCGGCUGAUCUAGCAGCGCAGAUGCAAGAUAUAGCGAGCAAUAGCAGUGCAGUACCUGCGGAUCGCCGGUUCCGCUGGGAUCCAGAGCUGGAAUACUAUCCUGAUGACCCUGCUGGUCGGGCGUCGCCGCCACGGGAUGCGGUCUAUGGGCUGCUGUCUGAAGUCCAGGUUGUGAGGACUGCGGGUGCGAAGAAUAUCCAGCGGCGGCUUGCGGGGUUGAUGCUGGUUCCUGGGUUGAUCAAGGGAACGUGGAGGAGGGUGGGUGUGUGGAAGUUACGGGUUAAUGUUCGGGAUGUGCUUGUUGAUGCGGGGAAUAUUGAGGGUGUUGCUGAGAAGUGGGCGGGGAAGAGGGUGGUGUCUGGGAAGUGGGAGCGGGUGGUGCUUAGGAUUGUGUGAGUGUACAUGGGAGAGG